GCCGCAUCACUUAUCGUCGCAAUCACAAAUCCUCAAUCGUUGGAUUCGUUUCAUCAACAAGCAGCUAUGAUAUCGCUAUAUGCACCCAUACUUAAAACAACAUCAGCUGAAGGCUUUCUAUCCGAAUCAGCUGUAAUGGGCACAAUCGUUCGAAUUUCACCAUCGCUGCAUUCCGAUUCGUUGCAGAUUACCGUUGAAGACAGAGAUUUAAGUCCUGGCAUGCCACCAACAAUUUAUGAAUAUAUUCUAACUGGCAUUGGUUCUUCUGUUUUUGCUGUGGAUCAGCGUGGCUAUGUUUACCUAAACGUGCCAAGUAUUGAUGCAGAUCCUCCAAGUCUUUCAACUUACCAGUUAACAGUCGAGGCUCGUGAAGUCAAUACAUCACCAAUACGAAGUAGUCAGCCGAUAACAAUAACAAUUCAUAUUAUCAACGAAAAUGAUAAUGCUCCAAUAUUCAGUUCACCGAUAUAUAUCGCAAGUACUCCAGCAUUUGGGCCAGACAGGCCUGUGGUCGAGGUGAUAGCGACCGAUAAAGAUACUGGAAGAUUUGCUGAAAUCGAAUACAAAAUUGUUUCAGUGACAGAGGAUGCUUUUGCGCAUUUUCGGUAUGAUUCGAACUCUAAAAAAUUGAUCGCGAUGGGGGCACUUCAACCUAAUGUCACAUACCAAAUAAUAAUCGAAGCGACUGACGGUGGAGGACUUUCGAAUCAAGCUUUCGUCUUGGUUCAUGCGGAUCCGACAAAUUAUCCGACUUAUUUCGAUAUGAAUCCGAACACGCUAAUACCCUUUGGAAAUAUUUUUUCUACAAAAAUCCCGAAAAUGAGAAAACCUUCAGAAUCUAUCCAAACAUUUGUUAUAGAAAUUAGCGAAGCUACACCUCCACAUUCGGUGAUAACAUCCCUUGGAGAUAAUUCGAGAAAUGAUCGUAUUUAUUAUACAAUUACUGAUGGAAACAGUGAAAAAAAAUUCGCAAUUAACAUGGACACUGGAACAAUCAUAACAACUGGUACAUUUGAUCGUGAAGAGACAGCUUUAUAUAAUUUGCAAAUAGAGGUAAGGUCGAGAAUGCCUGAUCAACACCUCUACUGGACCAUUAUUCAAGUUGUUGUCGUGGAUAUUAAUGACAAUGCUCCGAUAUUUAUGGAUCCACAACCGAUUCGAAUUCGUGUAGAUUUUAAUACUGUUGAAAAUAUAGCAUCAAACAUGAUGAUCGGUCAUUUGAAUGUGAAAGAUCCAGAUGUUGGAAAUAAUGGACGAGUUCAAUUUAAAAUUUCACCUCCAAUGGACAAGUUAUUUACGAUCAACAAUGAUGGUGUGCUUUUUAUAAAUGGUAAUAUCAUUAAAGGACAUUUCGGUGAACAUCGAGUAGAAGUCAUUGCUUGUGACAACGGAAAUCCUCCUCUAGAAAGUCGAGCUGAUGUGAUAAUCUCUAUAAAUGGACGAAUUCCAAAUUUGCACCAAUUUACCGAUGUAUCGCCAUUCGCGAAUGGUUGGAAUCCUCUUGAACAGCAAGUACCCCUUUCGAAUGAAAUCAAGGACGCAACCACAACGUUUACAAAUAGGCCAUCUAUCCCAGUUGAAAUCGUAACAACGGUUGGAUUUCAAUCAUCACAACAGUUUAUUGAACCAAUACGAUUAGCACCGAUAUUUGAACCAAAUAAGCUUAAAUUGAUGGUUAAUGAAAAUCGUGAAAACAUUCAGUUAGCGACUUUGCAUGCUUUUUAUUCAGAUGGUUUACCUGGCACUAUAACAUAUUCCAUGAAUUCUGGCGACACAUCUCUUUUUAGUGUAGAUAGCCGAAACGGAAUCUUGUAUUUGAAAAGGAAAUUGGAUGCUGAAGCGCAAAAUCUUCGCAACGAUCCCAAUAUGAAUCAUUAUGCCGUUGUCUUACUGGAUGUUGCUGAUGAAAAUGAUAACAAUCCUAAAUUCACUUCAAACAAUUACAUAUUCUCAGUGAAAUCAACAAGUCAAGCAGGAACACAGAUCGGACAAGUGCUGGCUUCUGAUGCCGAUAAAGAUAAACCGAACAACGAGGUUCGCUACAGUUUAGUCGCUGAAGAUGAUGUAGAAGAGUCGUAUUUCGAUGUCGAACCAGCGACUGGCAUUAUUUUCGUUAAGAAAGAUUUAAGUAAUCUCGGAAGGGAAAAAGUUGCUUUUCGAAUCAAAGCAAAUGAUCGUGGUUCACCAUCAUUAUUUUCCGAAACGAAUGUUCUUAUAAAUAUUGAAAAUUCUCUAAACAAUCAUGCAACUGUUAGAAAUUUUGCGAGCAGAAAUUUUGUGAAAUUUUCUCAGCGCAAUUAUUCAACAUCAGUAUCUGAAGCAGUUCGCCCGCCUUAUCUUGCAAUGGUUCUUCCCUUACUUAAUAAGCCUAACGAUGGACGCUUUAUCAGUUGUUCUAUUGUCUCAGGAAAUGAAAAUGAUGUGUUCGGCAUAUCCGUUGGAGUUGAUGGUAAUUGUGAACUUCGAAUACAGAUGAAAUUGGAUCGAGAAAUGUUAGAUGAGUACCAGUUAAAUGUUAGUGUGCAGUCAGACUCGCCAUAUGCUGAUUUCACACUUAUAAGCAUUAAAGUGACCGAUGAAAAUGAUAAUAAGCCGGAAAUUAUCACCGAUAAUCAGGAUGAGCAGAAAUUAUUUGCAAUUUUAAAGUCUGAUUCACAGGCUGCGACGAAUGUCACAACAAUUCAAGCAUUUGAUGCUGACACUGGCAAUAAUAGUAAGAUAAAAUAUUCAUUAGAUCGAUUUUUACCAGAUUAUAAACAUUUUGCGAUCAAUCAAAUGGGUACGAUUGUUAUAAAUGAUGAUAUCAGACGAAUUAUUCAAGGUGGUCAUGAACCGUACUUUCACUUGAAGGUUUUCGCAUGUGAUUCGCCGAUGAAUAGUGGUGAAUUGUGCUCAAGCAGAGAUUUAUUUAUUAAUCUUAUUAAGGAUGUUCAUAGAUUUAUGAUUAUUGGAGAGCAUAUAAAUAAAGAAAAUUUUAUCAGCCAUGAAAAAGAAUUAAAAAAUGCAGUUCGACGUCUCAUAGAGCCAUGUUCGAAAGUUAUGAUCGAGAAAGUGAUUGAGAAAAUAUCGCCGAAUGGUGAACUAUCACAACUUCAAAUUUAUUGUUAUGCUAUAAAUCCAUUGUCGAAUAAGAUUUGUAAAAAAUGGGAAUUUAAGUGA